UAUAUUUGUGUGUGGAAUGAAACACAACCCAGCAGUGAAGCCUUCAGGGUUGUGGCUUUAAGAUUCACACACACACACACACGGAACAUCUGCACAGCAGCGGCACGAAGGCAGAGGGAAAAAAACACAACUUAAAAAGCAGAUAAAAGAGGAAGAUGGCUGCUCAGAACAGGAGCUUGGUAGAUGAUUACUCCAGAUACCUGAAGGCGUUCGAGCUGUUUCUGGAACGUUCAUCUGAACACCAGUGUAUGAGAGACUUCAUCCACAACACACUUCCAAACAUCCUGUCCACUGUUGGAGCAGGAAAGUCCACUCUGAAUGUUAUGGGAGUGGGAAGUGGAGGAGGUGACAUCGAUCUGGAAAUCCUCACACAGCUGCACACUAAACAUCCUGAGGCCCGAGUGGAGAAUGAUGUGGUGGAACCCAGCGGGGACAUGCUGUAUAAAUAUAAAGUUUUAGUAGCGAAGACGGCAGGCCUCGAUCACAUCACCUUCAGGUUUAAUAAGAUGACGGCAUCAGAGUUCGAGAGCGACUGGAAGCAGAGGAACAUUGACAGGAAGUUUGACUUCAUCCACAUGAUUCAGAUGCUGUACUAUGUGAAGGAUCCCGAGGCAACGGUUUCCUUCUUCCGGAGUUUACUGCACAAAGACGGAAAACUCCUCAUUAUCCUGGUGACAGGAGAUAGUGGGUGGGGUGGGUUAUGGAGAAGGUACCGAGAUCAGGUGCACAGUUGCUGUGUCUCCACCGCGGACAUCACAAGGUUCUUAGACGCCAAAAGAAUCCCUCACGAGAGCCAUGUUUUUGAGUCCAGUAUGGACAUCACCGAGUGUUUCACAGCUGGAGAUGAGAAAGGAGAGCUGAUGCUGGACUUCCUGACCGAGAUCCUGGAGUUCAGUAAGAACGCUUCUCCAGAGCUGAAGGCCGGAGUGCUGGAGCUCCUCAAAGAGCCCGAGUGCAGCCGGGAGGUGGACGGCAGGGUCAUGUUCAACAGCAACAUGGAGGCCUUAGUGAUUGACCCAUAACUCUAAAAUGGAGACGUGCCACUACAAGUCUCCUACUAAAGCCUUAAUGUCUGCUAUUUAAUUGUGGAUGAAGAGCUAAAUAAUUAUGUUAACAAUUAAAUGCUUUCAGUAAUCCUGUCAGGGUAGCUCAUGCUAACUAGCUGGCUAAUGUUGUCUGGAAAAAUAUAAACAAUCAUAGCUUUUCUAAUGACUUUCUCUCAGUUUUUAAAAAAAAAAAAAAAUUGUUACUUGAGUAGAAUUAGUAGUAUUUGAGCUUGACUGAAAAAUGCUGUUAGAUUAGCUUGUGCUAGCUAUCCAGCUUGCUAGCUGGAAGAUCAUGAACACUUUAUGAGCUGAAUUUAAACUGCCUAAAAAAACUCACAUUACUUCAAGUGAUUAGCAUUAGCAGUAGUGACAUGGACAUUUGACAAAUUUUAUAUGAAAAUAAAUCUAGCACUGGAGUUUAUUCUGUCUAUCCGGCUCUGAAUAUGUCACACAAAUUUUGUUAAGUUGGUACAUGUUUGUUAGCGUGGUGGAAAUUCACUUCUUUAAGAAGUCACUACUAACAUGAAGAACUUCAUCACGAGCCACGUAGCUGUUCCUGCUGUUCUCAGAGCGUGACAGAUGGCUACAAUGGAUGAAGAAAAAAUCCUUCCAAAUGUCAAAUAUUUAUUUUCUCUGUCAUGUACUGUGUAU